AUGCGGGUUGGCUUGACAGCUUUUCAACUAUUCUCAAGAUGUCCUGAUACGAUCAGCACAGGCCUAUUUUCCGUACGCUUUUUCCACUGUUCACAUCGACGACACAACGAUGCGCCUGGAAAAUCCCCACCUCCUCUCCUGAAACAGAGGAUACCAUCGCGAAUACAUAUCAUUGGCGUGGGAAAUAUUGGAGGGUUUUUAGCUCACGCAUUAGCAGGCGCAAAAAACCCACCACCAAUAACACUCUUGCUACACAACCCCAAGAAACUUGAGCAAUGGGAAAAGAACAGGCAGCGGAUAACAUUGGUGCGAAAUGGACUAGCAGAGCACAGAUGGGGGUUUGAAAUAAAUGUUAAAAGAGAUGAUGUUUGGCAUUAUGUGCCCCAAGAUUCAAAAUUGGCUAAGGAACAAAAGAUGGCGGGCGGUUAUUCUGAACGGGAUCCAGCAGCUGCGGAUGGUGAAAUCAUCUAUAAUCUGAUCGUUGCGUCAAAAGCUACGAGGGUUAAAUACGUUCUUGAAUCUGUCAAGCAUCGUCUCACACCGUAUUCUACCAUUGUCUUCGUGCAUAACGGGCUAGGGGUUGUGGAGCAAGUGAAUGAACAGGUAUUUCCAGACCCGGAGACUCGCCCGAGUUAUGUUUUUGGGGUAAUAUCGCAUGGACUAUUCAAAAUGGAUCACUUUGUGAUCAAGCAUGCGGGCGUCGGUACCUGUCUAUUUAGCGUUCGACAUACAAAUCCCUUAGCUCAAGCUCAAGCGAUAAAUGACAUUGCGGAGUAUAAACGAAAACAGGCAUCGGAACUCUCAACGCCUGGGCAUGAGCAGACGGAUGAACAGGAACAAGAACAAGGCAGUGAAGAAGAAGAAAUACUCCAGGGCGAAGACCAAUUACAGCACAUACAAGACCUCCAAACGCAGCACGAGGAAGCCCAAUCCACGUCAUCCAAGGAAGUCUGGUCGUCUUCGUCUCUUUACAUGUUGCAACUCCUAACCCGCAAUACCCAACUAGUGGCCAGCGCAAUUCCCCCAGACACCUUCUUCCAACACCAACUCGAAAAGCUCGCCAUAAACUGCAUCAUAAACCCCCUGACAGUCAUCUUCGACUGCUUCAACGGCAAUCUCCUCUAUAACUACCAUGUCUCCCGCAUCCAACGUCUGCUGCUCUUCGAGAUCUCCGCCGUCAUUUGCGCUUUGCCAGAACUCCAGGGGAUCCCCGGGGUUCAGGCGCGGUUUGCGCCAGACCGCCUGCGGACCCUUGGUGUGAGUGUCAUGGCGAACACGGCAAAGAAUGUCAGCUCCAUGUUGCAGGAUGUGCGGCUGAAGAAUCCGACGGAGAUUAGGUAUAUGAACGGAUAUAUUGUGAAGAGGGGUGAGGACUUGGGAAUCAAGUGUGCAUUGAAUUAUAUGGUAAUUCAGAUGGUAUUGGCUAGGGAGAAAAUUAGGCUCUCGAAGGAAUUUGGAGAUAUCCCUAUGGUUAUGGGGCCGGAGGAUGCUGGGCGGUAA